AUGAGAAAUAACAAGUUCAAAGAGCAUCAUGACAUACCUCAAACAGUAUCAGACAUCUUUUUUGCCUAUCAAAGACAGUGGAAUAAGUGGAAUGUUGCUCAUCUUCCUUGUCACUUACUGCUUGGACGAACGGUGGAUGAUGAAGACCUUUGCGUUUCUGGGUUGAGAAGAUUCCAGGAACCAGGGAAAGCAGAAGCUGAAUUUGCCAAAGCUAGUCCAGAUUUGGUGAUUAAGAACAUGCUUACAAGCAGGAAUUCUGGACCACCAAUCUUACCCAAAGAAGGAACUGUGCUAUAUAAUCCUGAAGCUGCAAGAGCAAAGCCUCUCCCUUCUUGGCUCUCACAAGAAGAUAUCAAUUACUAUGCUUCUAAAUUUGAAAAGUCUGGAUUCACCGGUGGACUUAACUACUACAGAAAUUUCAACUUAAACUGGGAGCUGACAGCAGCAUGGACUGGAGCACAAAUUAAGGGUUGGACAAAAAAAAAUGGCAUUGGCUCGGGUGAAUUAGGUUAUCGGUUUGAUGGUUUGAAAAGAAAAGGGUUGGUAUAG